CUUUCGCGGAUGUUUGCGAAGAAAACGCAUUUCAGGAUGUAUAUUGUAUACAUUUCUCUGACAUUAAAUUGUACCUUUGAAUCUUUGAAGUAAUGGGCCAACGGCUUGGCGUGAACCGGCCACCCCAGAGCCCCGUGCAGCCGGGUUAUGUAGUCAGGUUAUGUGGGAGGGCACUGGUGGCAGGUGAGAGGGUAGAGGUUAGGGCAACGCCUUCCAGCAUCAGCGAUCACCAGUUCCCGCUGCCGCCCUGUAAUCGUACCUUCUCCCCGGGCCCUGUGGGAUUCCCUCUACAGUCCAAGGCCUUGCGGGUUAGGAUUAAUAAACUGUGGAUUUGCUCUGUUGCCGCCGGAAGCGUGGCGACGCUUGUGGGCAAUCCUGGCGAACUUAAUUCGAUUUGAUGCUGCGAUGUGCAUGUGGCAAAUCAAGCUCAUCUCUGUCCAGCCAGCCCGUCACCUUUUACGUAGCCACCGUUUUCGACGAGCUGAAGCAAAUUCACGUAUGUUACCGGGACUGGAGGGUUAUCAGGAGAGAUUGGGUAGACUCGGGCUGGCGGGAAGGGAAUCUGAUGGGUGAACGAGAGGGCCACAGAUCAGGUGAAAGUUCACAGUCUUUUCCCCACAGAGGAGAAGAGUAAAAUUAGAGGGCAUAGGUUUAAAGUGAGAGAGUAGAGGUUUAAAGGGAACCUGAGGGGGCAACAUUUUCCAAAUAGAGUCUGGUGCAACGAAGUAAGUGUAUUAUCCAAGGACGUAUACGUCACCAAAUCUACUCUGCCGUUCACUUUCUUGCGGGCAUACACAGUAGAUACAAAAACUACAAUAGAAUCAGUGAAAAUCUACACACAAGGGCGGACGAAUAACAUCGUGCAACAGAACGCAAAAUCUGCAAGUACAAAAAUAGUAUUGAGAACAUGGCUUGUGAGUCGUAGAAAGCUGUCCGAGGAAGCGGUGCAGGCAGGCACAAUUCCAACGCUUAAAAGACAUUUGUUCAGAUUUAUAGAUAAGAAUGGUUUCGAGCCAAACGCUCAGGUUAGGCUUCUGGGUCGGCUCGAGUUGGGUCAAAGUGCCCGUUUCAGUGCUGCGUAACUCUCAAGACGCUAUGAUGCUGUGAGAUUACAGUUACGAAGCUUUUCUUUUGGAAUCGAAUUGAAGUCCCGCUUACAGAGUUACAUUAAAUAUGAUCGUAUUUUUCACAAAGUAACUUUGCAAAGUGUAUUUUCCAAACCUUUGUUUGGAAUGCAGGUGGAUAUCACUGUCAGUGCUAAGCGUACCAGUGUGGGCUCGGCCAUUCGCUAUGAAAUGUGAUCGGAGGAGCUCCGCGGGGAGGGGAUGGGGAUCCGCUUUCCAUUGAUCCCUUAACCGAGCCAAGAGGAAGAAACAGACCUUGGUCUUAUGGCGGUCCGGUUUCCUUGGGAGCAAGUGGGGGCAACCCCGUUUCCAAGCUCCGUCAGUUGGCUGUGACCCUUGCCAUUGACUGCAAAGGGCACCAAUCGUUGCUGAGGCAGGGUUAGACUGAUGAGCAGUGCUUUCAGCGUUAAUGUUUAAACUUAUUGGCGUAGAAAUUUGUACCAAACCAUACUUUUUAAUCAUAUACUUGCUUUCUCACUUUCAGUUACUGCAUUUUAUAUUUAUCUUAAACAUUACCAGAUAUGGUAAUGACUUUCAUUAAAUCGCUUGUCUUCAAUACACUGCUCUGUCCCUAAAGUCAAAUUGAUCAUUUUUUAAGCUAACUCAACCCUGUAGUUAGCCUUUAGUCAUUGAAGCCAAAAUGGGAAUGUUGUCACAACACACACAAAAUGCUGGUGGAACACAGCAGGCCAGGCAGCAUCUAUAGGGAGAAGCGCUGUCGACGUUUCGUCAGGACAUGGGAAUGUUGCGUUGGUGCCGGAAGCCUGACGACAUUUACGUGCUGCCCUCAGUACAACGGCGGACUGUGUGGUUGUUGACGCAAGUGACGCAUUUCACAACAUUGCAAUGUGCACGGAACAAAUAAACUUUGAUCUGAAAGAAUUUCACCUGGCGCAGACCAUGAUCUUUGCAAUCGAAGAAAUAAACAACAGUACCAAGCUGCUGCCUAACCUCACGCUCGGAUACAAGAUCUACGAUGGCUGCCGCAGUGAAGCCUUGUCGAUGAAAGCAGUAAUGGCCCUCAUCAGCCUCCAGGAUGAAGACCCGUCUGAAGCGACAUGUAAAAGCAGUCUCCGAAUUCCCGCUGUCCUGGCGGACGCUGGGUUCGUCAGCACGCUUGCGGAGACGCUCCUGACCGGCCCUUUCGGAAUCCCAACGGUACGUGGCCACGUUAAUGUUCUUGAUGGCCCUGUCAAAUUGUCAAAAUCAGAAUCAGGUUUAACGCCACUGGCAUACGUCGAGAAAAUUGUUGUUUUCGGCAACAGUACAUUGUAA